AUGGCUGAACUUAAGGAGCCAAUCCCAAGGUCGCACCCGGUUGGAGGUGUUUCGAACUCCUCUGCUCUCCGGCCCUCGCCGUUUUCAAACGAUGUCAUGGGAAACUCUGGCUCUACUAGCGGCGAGCAGUGCAGUUGGAUAGCCGUACCCACAAGUGACACCACUGCACCUGCGCAAGCCGCCGUUCAUCAGCUGCCGUUUGAACGAACUUCAUCCAGUGGGCACGUGCCUCCGUGUGAGCCCAGUACGUUGGCUGCGAGCACCAUACACGAUUCCAGCAUACAAAACUUUAGGUCCCAGGUCGCCGGAUCGGUUAGCAAUAGAUGCCUCUCUGACCGCUCUGGGGACGUUUGGAACAGCUUUUUAGAGGCUUCCUGUACUCCCUGUAAUGUGCCACAAUCAGCCCAGUCCGUAGCUCGUAUUCAAACCGACCCAAUGAGUUCGAACGCGAUCCACUUACCUACGAACACUUCUACCGCCCAAACCUCGCCAAUACUCAACCCAACUGAUGGAUAUUUUGUGGCAUUACAUGAUUACAUGAAACGCGUGGAUGACGAUUUGAGCAUGGUUAAGGGACAGACAUUCCGGGUUCUUGACCAGUCGCAUUGUGACUGGUGGUAUGUUGAAUGCAGUAGCACAGGGCACAGGGGAUACGUCCCAAAGAACCAUUUGGCUGCGGUAACGAGCAUCGAAUCCAACGAGUGGUACUUUGGCGAAUUACGUCGCGUUGAAGCUGAACAUUAUCUUCAGAUGCCUGGAAAUGAACACGGCUCAUUUUUGGUGCGUUUGAGUGAAUCCCAAGCCAACGAAUAUUCCCUUUCCGUUCGUGAAGAAAGUUCCAUCAAGCAUUACCGAAUCCGAUCCCGUUCCUCUCGAACGAAUCCCGAAUUACAACGGUUCUACAUUUCCCGACAACUCCCGUUCGUUAAUAUUCAACAACUGGUCAGCUACUAUAUGGAAAACCAAUCAGGGCUGUGCUGUCGUCUCCGUCGACCGUGUAUUAAACCCGUCCACCCGGAACCCAUCGGUCUUUCUCACAAGCUCAUUGAUAAGUGGGAGAUCCCCAAAUCCUCUAUUGUACUCAAGGACCAAAUCGGCCAGGGCCAGUUCGGUGAGGUGUACAAAGCAGUUUGGAAUAAAACGACAAUUGUUGCCGUGAAAACUUUGAAACCAAGUUCCUGUGACGCAGCUGACUUCUUACGUGAGGCACAAGUGAUGAAACAACUGCACCAUCCCAAUCUGAUCCAACUGUAUGCCGUGUGCACCCAAUCCGAACCGUUUUAUUUAGUCACUGAAUACAUGUCCAAAGGUUCCCUACUAUCCUAUCUACAAUCCUCUGAGGGGCGAACUCUCAGUUUGCAGUGCCUAGUAAUAAUGGCAUCUAAAAUCGCUUCUGGAAUGGCUUAUCUGGAAUUCAAACGGUAUAUACACCGCGACCUGGCAGCGCGAAAUGUUCUCGUUGGUGAACAACAUGUUGUGAAAAUUGCAGACUUUGGUCUUGCGCGAAUGAUUCAUAACCGUGAGUAUGUCGCUCACGCUGGAGCACGGUUCCCCAUCAAAUGGACUGCUCCAGAGGCUGCCAACUAUUCCCGGUUCACCAGUAAAUCGGAUGUUUGGUCUUUUGGUAUCCUGUUAACCGAGAUGGUCACCUAUGGGCGAUCUCCCUAUCCUGGGAUGCACAAUGCCGAGGUACUACGCCAAGUCGAAGCUGGAUACCGCAUGUCGAAGCCUGUCGGUUGUCCCUCUGAGCUGUAUGACCUCAUGUUAGACUGCUGGGCUGCAGAUGAGAACAAACGUCCUUCGUUUGAAAAGAUUCAAAGGCGACUCGAGGAGUAUUGUGAGGCAGAAAAACCAUCUUAUCGCGGUACGGUCGGACAACCACAUCCGCUGCCGUUUGGCUCGCAGCCUGCUUCGGUACAAAAUAGACGACCCUCCUCUCCUAAAGGCUUCCAGAAUGGCAUCCAAAUUUCUGUUUCCCCCUAGUUGUAUAUCUGUACACACCCCAUCAGUGCUCAUACCUCUCGCCUAUUUCUUUACGCAUUUUGGUCUUGAUCCAGCGGUUCUUUCAUACCGAUUGUAUUUCACAUACCGCACUCUUUCUGACAGUGGCUAAAAGUUUAGUUGUGACCGUUGCCCCUGUCACUCAACCCUUUCCUUUUUCGUCCAUAUUGUUUGACCACAGCCAUUACUAUCACACAAUCUGCCUUUCGGCGAUCGCAGUUUCCUCUGAUACCCCUCGAACCUUUCAGUACGAUGAUUAGCCAGUCCUGAUUCAGAUCCCUUUGUAUGCUUCCUCCGAUGGGCAUUCCAUCGUACAUAUACCGAGUGUGCUGUUUUUUUACUAUGCAACCUCCAAGCGUAAUAUGAUUCAGCAAAAUCCGUAUCCAAUGUACCGGUUUUUUCGACAAUGAACUUUUCUAGACCUGUUCACGGACAUCACUGCUUGAUGGAGCGUUAUCUCGUUAUCUCCUGUGACUAAUUUCCCCUGGUUUUUCUGGUUUGUGUUAAGAAUACUUGAAAAAAUUUCAUGCCCAGUUAGUUAGCCCCUACUGGGCUCAAACUCCAAAAAAGUUACAUGCCUGACUGAACGCGGCGCCGAUUUCUUGUCGCACUCAAAUAGUACCAUCCAACAAUUAGGAACGGUGGUAGGUUGGUACGCGAUCAAGGAUAACCGAGUAAAACUGC